AUGGCCACAAAGAGAGCGCAGGCCGGACUUGCCAACGCCGCCAAGUCAACGUUCGGAGAUGAGGAACUGAAACAACACGUCUAUCGAAAGUGCUUACAAGCGCUGAUUUAUCCGAUCAGUUGUACGACUCCACACAAUUUCCAAACGACCAACUUUCAAACUCCGACUUGGUGCUACGAAUGUGAAGGACUGCUUUGGGGACUGGCUAGGCAAGGGCUACGUUGUACCGAAUGUGGUGUGAAGGUUCAUGAGAAGUGCCGUGAGCUGCUCAGCGCUGACUGCUUGCAGAGUAAGUUCCCUAACUGUUCUUCAUUCCCUUGGUUCAAAGAAUUUCCGGUAACUGAAGUUUCGUUUUGUCGAGCUCGAGUAAUCUGCUACUUCUUUCCUUUUCUAUUUGUUUUUUGGCUUAUUACGGUUGUAUGA